CUCUCGAGCGCACAGUAGAGCGAGAGUGGUCGCAGCUGGUCGUUCGUCUGUUCUCCAUUCAACUUUCUCUCUCUCUCUCUCUCUACGGAAAACCAACGGCAUAUUCUCUUUCUCUCUCUACCCGCGACAAUUUACAUCGGGGGACGUGGAUUCCUCGUAACCCACCUUGGAUUCCGGCAGAGAUCGUCUCGAAGAUCGCGAGCGCCGCACGCCCGGUCCUGCCCCGCUCCGAGGUCGUCGUCGUCGUGGUGUGAGAUUUUGUCCUGAGUGAGGCGGAGCCAAUGGGGGUGAAGAUGAUGAGGUGGCGGCCGUGGCCGCCCCCGGCGUCGAGGAAGUACGAGGCGAGGCUGGUGGUGAGGAGGCUGGAGGGGUGCGAUCCGCCCCUGCCGGAGGAGGAGGAGGGGGGAGGGGCGAGGCUGGCGGUGGAGAUCCGGUGGAAGGGGCCGAGGGCGGCCGCGCUGACGAUGAGGCGGGUGGCCGUGAGGAGGAACUUCACGAGGGAGGCGCGCGUGGGGGAGGGCGGCGUCGUCGAGUGGGGCGGCGGCGGCGGAGGCGGCGGCGGAGGCGCGGGGGAGGAGGCGGAGGAGGAGGAGUUCGCGGCGGUGUGCAGCCUCUCGGCGCACAGGGACCGCGCGUUCCAUCCCUGGGAAGUCGCUUUCACUGUCUUCAACGUAAUUGAUCAGCCCACGAAGAACAAAGAUCGGGUCGUUGGAGCAGCAUCGUUGAACCUCGCCGAAUUUGCUUGUGCGUCUGGGCAGAAAGAAUUCGAGCUGAGUGUCCCUCUGGUUACUCCUGAUGGCGCUACGAAUUCGUCCUUAUUGCUUUGUAUUGUUCUCAGGUUAGUAGAACUGCGGACUACCCAGGAAACAACUGGCAUGGUGCAGACACGAAUUGCACCUGUUGCAUCUCCACCACAGUCGGCUGAAGCUGUGUCAGCGGGAAAAGAUGAGCUUUCUGCUCUUAAAGCUGGUUUGAAAAAAGUGAAGAUCUUCACUGAGUAUGUUUCCACCAGAAGAACAAAGAAGGCUUGUCACAGGGAAGAUGGCAGCGACGGAAGAUUUUCUGGCCAGAGCGAGGAUGGCGAUUAUAACUAUACAGCCGACUCCAAUUCCUUUAAUGAUACAGAGGAAGGAGAGUCGGAUGUGAGUAAGGGAGAGUCCAGUUUUAGAAAUUCAUUCAGCUAUGGCACACUGGCAUAUGCAAACUGUGCGGGAGGCUCAUUUUACUCAAGUAUGAGGAUAAGUGCUGAUGCUGAGGAUUGGAUUUACUAUAGCAACCGCAAAUCAGAUGUCGGUUCCUCGCACAUGGACAAUUUCACUGCAUUGGCUUUUGAGCAAUCACAGUCACAUAGUUCAAGGCGUGGUAUUCUGUCUUGGAGGAAACGGAAACUGAGUUUCAGGUCUCCUAAAGCAAAGGGUGAGCCAUUGCUAAAGAAGGCUUAUGCUGAAGAAGGUGGAGAUGACAUUGAUUUUGCCCGUCGUCAGCUUAGCUCAGAUGAAUCUCUCUCCUUUGGGUGGAGUAAAACAGAUGAAGACUCAUCUGGACAUCGUUCUUCAGUUUCUGAAUUUGGAGAUGACAAUUUUGCUGUUGGCACUUGGGAGCAAAAAGAAAUCAUAAGCCGUGAUGGACAUAUGAAGCUCAAGACCCAGGUUUUCUUUGCUUCUAUUGACCAGCGAAGUGAGCGUGCAGCAGGGGAAAGUGCAUGUACUGCUCUUGUUGCCGUGAUAGCUGAUUGGUUUCAAAACAAUCGUGACUUGAUGCCCAUCAAAUCCCAGCUUGAUAGCCUGAUCAGAGAUGGAUCGCUAGAAUGGAGAAACUUGUGCAAGAAUGAAAUGUAUCGGGAACGAUUUCCGGACAAGCACUUUGAUCUUGAAACGGUUCUUCAAGCCAAGAUACGCCCUCUUUCUGUGGAUCCUGGGAAGUCAUUCAUUGGGUUUUUCCGUCCAGAAUGUAUGAAAGAGGGAAAGUUCCAUGUUUUUGAUGAUGCGAUGUCCUUUGACGAUAUCUGGGAACAGAUCAGCAGCACAGGAUCGCAAGCAUGCAAUGAUGAAACUCAGUUGUACAUUGUCAGUUGGAAUGACCAUUUUUUUGUCCUCAAGGUAGAGCCAGAAGCCUACUACAUAAUUGAUACCCUGGGAGAGAGACUCUAUGAGGGUUGCACUCAGGCCUUUAUCUUAAAAUUCGACCACAGCACUACAAUUCUCAAAUUGCCGCCACCUGUCCAAACAUCUGGCGAUAACACAGCUGAUCAGCAAAACUCGCUUCCUGUGCAACAAAAAACGCUGAGCCUGAAAAAAUCAAAGCCAACUGAAAGUCAUGAGAUGGAAGAGGUCCUAUGCCAGGGGAAGGAGUCGUGUAAGGAGUAUAUUAAGAACUUCUUGGCUGCAAUUCCUAUAAGAGAACUGCAAGACGAUUUGAGGAAAGGUCUGUUCGCGUCAACACCUCUUCAUCACCGGUUACAGAUUGAAUUGCACUACACAAAGCUCUUACCAUCGCUGGCCAUAACUCCAGCAGAUCAAAUUGUCGAAACAGCACAAACUCUCGCUGCCACCAGCAGCAGCACAGAUAGCCUAAUGGAGACAUGACUCUGUAGUGUGUGGUAAACCUUAAUCCUAGCUAUUAUUGACUUGAUUCUGUUGAUAUGCUUUGUGUCAUAAUGUGAAGCGGGUUUGACAAUGUGAAAAUUUUAGUUUUGAGAGCAAAAAGAGCUUGCUCAUGUUUUGGACUUGUACAGAGAGAUCCUUUGAUCUGCGUCUGUGUUGAACUCAAAUUUUAGAUUGUCUGAAAGAGGUCUCGUGUGAGGAUCCGAACUUCUACAUAAUUCUGACUCAGUCCUAUUUCCUGGCAACUUUCAUGAAAUUUUUCUUAA